CGAAGCUGGUCUUCGCUUCUUCUUAAAGACUCGGUGGAUCAUCCUUCAAGAUCUAUAAUCAAAUCUCUGCAGUUCGGGAGAUAAGACAUCCGACCUCGAUCUUUACGGUUCUUAGUUGAAGAACAUACAUUGCACUGCCCCUCGGGUUGUUUUUAUCUUGCAGAAUACACGGCUACACAGCUACAGUUCUAUUGCGUCAUCUUCCUGUCGACAAUAUGUCGCUGUCUAAGCAACGCAUCUCCUCCCCUUUAGAGGCGGGGCCGUCGAUCCUUGACGCGUAUAACCUACCAUCUCACUUGACAGGCGCGUUGGAGUACGCAUCGAAGAGGCUUGCGAGGAAGGCCCUGCAUAUUACCUUAGUAGUCGUGCGGAAGGAAUAUCAACUUCCAACAGUGAUUCCACCGUGCCCGACACCGACUUCCCCUCCACUCACGCCGUCUCCUACACGCUUUGCUUCUCCUGUCGCUGGGUUAAGACAGUUAGUCCGAAGGGGAACCAGCGGCUCUACAUCCAGUCUAUCAUCUGUAGCAUCAAAUUCUACAGCCAGUACAUCCUCCUCAACAUCUCUGCCUACCUUGACCGAAACUCUACCCAUCAGCCCUCGUCGCUGGGCUAUACCCCUGACACCUGGCAGCCCUAUGACCCCCGCCACCCCAUCAAGCAUCGUCACAGCUUCCUCGGCAUCAUCCAUAUCACAAGGACCCAACGAAUUCGGCCUACGGCUAAUCUACACCGGCCUACUCUCUCCCAAAGCCGAAAAGACAUUACGAACCACAAUUCAAAAAGCGGAGCGCAAGUUCCGAAUUGGCACGGGUUGGCUACCCCCCGCCACCACCGCGUCCGCAUGCGGCCUGAACUUGGACCUGGUCCGCAGGAGUUUGUUGCAGAACGAGGUGCUCUUCUCGUCCGAGGGUCUGAUCCUGCUCGGCCUCGACCGGCUGUACACCUUCAAGGCCGCACUCUCGGCGUACUCUCGUUCCCGUUUCACAAGCGGCACUUCAUCACCGCUCGCCUCGCCUUCACCCACUCCUAAGAUCGCGGAUACCUCACGCAUCGAGGAUGCGGUGGACUCGCUCCGCCGCUUGGUCCUCGCUAAUGGCGGACGCCCGGUCUCCAAGGCGGAUUUAUACCGCAGUUACGACUGGCUCGGAGUGAAUGCACGCGCGCUACGUGAUGUUGAGGGCAUGUACAGACGUGCGUACGGUGGGAUCGACCGGGUUGGUGCCUUCGAAAUCACACCGGAAGAGCGGGAGCGCGAGGCCCGACCCGUCGUCAUGAUCGGCGCGCCACCCCCACCUAAGACGCCACCGAAAACCCAAACCACGCCCGUUCUCAAGCUAGAUACGAGACUUGCGACGGCCACGACAACGCGGAUUUUCAAGCCGAAGGCUAAGAGCAUCACGCAUGCUACGUCGCAGACACAGAUACAAAUCCACACGCAACCCCAAGCCGACGAGAAACAAGGCCCCUCGGUUACGGAGCUAGAGAUCAAGCUCGAUAACCUGGCCGUCGAAGACCCCGACAAGGACGGAGAACCGGAGGAAGAAGAACACACGGCGCGACCGAUCCGGGGCCUCCCGUUCUGGAACGGCGCGUCCAUCGACGAGAUGAUGUUGUCGCCGUGCGAUAACGCCAGUGUUCGGCAGUCGCAGACGCUGGGCCCGCAGACGCCGAACGGGUACGAUGACAUCUCGCCGAUAACAAGGGGCGAGUGGGGGUUCUUGUUUAAGGGCGAGGGGUGGAAGCAGGGGAAGACGGCGGUGGUGGAGACUUGUUGAGAGCGAGGGGAUGGAGCUGAACAUGAGGGUGGAUAAAUGUGUACAUCAUACUGUACUGUAUUGUGUAUAUAUGUAUAUGUAUAUAGGGAUAUGGAUUGGUUGGUUGGUUGGGAUUGUGUAUAACAAGUCACCAGCGCGGAGAUUGAGACUGGAAUACUUAGAUGAUACCCGCUAGAUUUUACCCUUCUGAAGAAAUUUGUUGUGCAUAUUUAGCUAGCUAGCUGCCUAGGCUGUUGUUUAAUACACCGGACGUGAGGGGAUGGGGAAUCAAAUGGUUA